AUGAGGAUCCUGCAGCUGAACCUAAACCACUGCGAAACGGCCCAGAUUUUACUCUUUCAGUUAGUCCGAGACGAAUCAGCGGAUGUUUCACUCCUCACCGAACCGUACCGCAGAGCCAGUGACCACCACUUCACGCUAGACACAACUAAAACAGCAGCGAUUUGGACAUGCGGGCGUUCGGGUGAGCAAGCAGAGUCGGUACGCAAGGGAAAUGGCUAUGUCCGAGCCAAGGUCGGCCAGCUCUGGCUAUACAGCUGCUACCUUGCAGCAAGACUGUCGCUCCAGGAAUUCGGCGCCAUACUCGAUAAAGUAGCAGACGACGCAAGGGAACGGCCAAAUGUCAUCCUGGCAGGAGACUUGAGGAGACUUACCAACUCUAGAGGUCACACCCUCCUAGAAGCCUUUGCCACACUAGAGAUAACCCUUCUCAAUACGGGAUCAGAGGACACGUUCUCCCGUGCUGGGACAGGAUCAGUCAUUGGCUUGCCCUUCUGCAGCAGCACUCUCUUCGAGAGUACAACGUGGACGCUCAGCACCGCAUACACCGCUAGUGAUCACAAAGCAAUUGUCUGCAAUAUCGAGUCCCGCAGGCAAGACUCAGCCCACCAGCAAAUGACGGUCUUUAACGCCAAAACCAUCAGGCCAGAGAUUGUUCUAGAGGAGCUGAUCGUAACAGAGCCACGGGGAGAUGCAGAAGCCAGUGCUGCCGAACUCGUCCGAUCGAUAACAUUGGCACGCAGGGCAAGCACAAGACAGACAAGGAGCCACCCGCGCCACCGCGAGCCGGUAUUCUGGUACACCACGGUGAUCGCCAAAGCUCGCAGCGAAUGCAUCCGUGCUAGGAGGCGCCUCACACGCGCGAAGGGAACGCCUGCCUUCCAUACAAGGUCCCAGGAAUUCGCCGCGAAACGCCGAUUCCUCAAAAGGUCUAUCAGAGAAAGCAAGAGGAAGUGCUUCCUAGAGCUUUGCGAUUCUGCCGAAAAUGACCCCAGGCGUCUCGCAUACAAGGUCAUAGCAAAAAAGCUCAACGCGGCAAAGCCCUUCACCACGGCCGAUCCUGCCUCUUUCCCACUGUCGCCCCAGCUGUCAGCCCGGCCACAAUCCAGGAGUGGUUGA